AUGGGUACAGGACGGGCUCCAGGGCUCACAUAUCUUCAACGCGUCGUCCCCCACUUCGCUAUACCCUCUGCAAUCGUCUAUUUUGCUCUUCGCAUUGCCAACGAUUUCCUUCCAAUAACUAUUCCUUCAUGGAUCAUCGUACCCGCCACGCUCUUUGCCCGACCUAUUCUUUUCUUUGCAACUUCAUGGUACUCUGACAUCGUCAACAAACGUGAUGCUGCCGCCAGAGGCGCGGUGAUGGCCCCGAUGGUCAAUGCCUCGUCGUUCAAGAUCAUCGGUGACAUUGUUGAGACGUUGAAGGGUGGAUUCCCAGCUGAACACUUUGCCAGAUGGGCGGAAGAGUGUGGAAGCACGUACCAGAUGCGCAUGUUGAGUGCCAACGCGAUCUUCACCGAAGACCCCGAGUUUAUCAAGAACAUGCUUGCGACCCAAUUCGACGCCUUUGAGAAAGGACCCACCUUCCGCGAGCAACUGGACUCGCUCCUUGGUACUGGCGUGUUCAACGCUGACGAGGUCUCUCUCAAGCUCGCUACGCAGAGACUCAAUGAGGGAUAUUCCGUCAACAUCCAGGACUUAAUUGGCCGCUUUACCCUCGACUCCGCGACCGAGUUCCUCUUCGGCCACUCCGUCGACUCGCUUGCUGCCGGCCUGCCCUACCCACCCAAAUUCGCGCAUCUCACUCCUGCGUCCUUCCACGCACACCCCUCGAACAUCUUCCCGUAUAGGGACGUGGUGGACGAAUUUACGAUCCCAGUUAUCAGGGAGGCGGUGGAACGGAGGGAGAAGAUGAAGGACGUGAAGAGUGAUGGGUGGGGCACACUUCUGGAGUGCUUACUAGAUGAGACACAUGAUCCUCAGAUUUUGAAGGACGAGCUCGUCAACCUGCUCGUUGCUGGACGCGAAACGACCAUGGCCUUCCUCACGUUCGCGGUGUAUAUGAUCUCUGAGCACCCCGAGUUCGAAACCCGACUGCGCCAGGAGAUCUACGAGAAGGUUGGGCCAUCGGGUCGACCAACGUACGAGAACGUGCGGGAGCUGAAGUUCAUGAGGGCGUUCCUGAAUGAGGUUCUGAGGCUGUACCCCCCUGUACCAAUUAACAUGAGGUCUUCUUCACCGUUGGGCAACGCCUUCCUGGACGCUAGCUCCUUUAUCAUGAGCUCGGCUUCGAGUAAGAAGUAA